AGAAACUGUUGUUUGAGGGUCUGGUUCUAUUUAGAACACUAUACAUAUGUUAACGUGCGUGGGUAUAAAGUUUAUUUUAAGUAGGGUCAUAAUAGACUUUCAGAAUAAAAAUAUUUUCACGUCAAUUUUAACGGAUUACUAUAGUUUAAUAAUUCAGUUUUGAUUAACAACAAUGGAAAAAGCAGAAUUUGGCAAAUAUUUUACAAACAUAUUUCAAGAUGGGUUCAUCAUGCUAUCAAUUGGCAUUGGGCAUGACCUUGGAUUGUUCAAGGUCAUGUGUGAAGCUAAGGAACCUAUCAGCAGUGAAGAAGUGGCCAAGAAGUUAGAUCUUAAAGAGAGCAAUACAUCAUUUGACAAAAAAUGGGGGUUUUCGCCGGCUUUAUUUGCUAUGGGGAUGAGGUCGAAGGCGGUAAAAGAGGCCUUUAAAAAGGACGGUCCUUAUGGUAUAAGUUACCACGAUGAACAUGCUUCCGAGUUUUUGCAUUGGUUAAAUAGUUAUAGGGCACUGAUGUGCGAUGAGACAGUAGACAAGAAAAUUAUACCUUUGCUAGACCAGCAGGGAGUGGUUUCGAGACUGAAAUCUGGCAUCAAAGUUCUCGACUUAGGAUGUGGAGCUGGUAACCAUGUCACUGCAAUGGCGCAAAGAUUCCCAAAGUCCACGUUCAUUGGUUUAGAUUACUCGGAAGCUGGUAUAAAGCAUGGUAACAAACACAAACAGGAAAAGGGGUUAACUAAUGUCACAUUCACUCAAGGGGAUGCGCACAAUUUACCGGAUGAAUGGGCAGAAAGUUUCGAUUAUGUGUUUGUGUAUGACGUCCUACAUGAUUUACCAAACCCCCACAAAGCUCUAGGACAAAUCUACAAAGUAUUGAAGAAAGAUGGCUUUUUCAGCCUCAUAGAACUGGGUUUCCAUAGCAACCCAGUCGACAAUGCAGAUGAUAAAGGUGCUGCACUGUAUUAUGCAGCUAGCACUUUCAUAUGUCUACAAUCCAGUAUGUCAGGAGAACCUCAUAUAGGAUAUGGUGCCUGCUGGGGAAGAGAAAGUAUUGAAAAAGCAUUGCUUGAUGCUAACUUCAAAAUCAAUGGAAAAUCAUCAUUGAUUGAGAUUGACGAGGAAGCCUUUUUUCUCUGUACGAAGUAGUUAACAAUGGAAAGCCAGCAAAUGACAUAUUUACUGAAACAUUGUUCAGUAACUUUUCAGAUAUGUUCUAAAAUGAUUUUAUACUCUUCUUUUAAUAGCUAGAAUAUAUUUUUAUUUAUAUCUGUUUGCAUUUAUGUAUCAAGAAAAAUAUACUUCCUGUCGUAUCAAAAUUAUCAAAACUUUACUGAAAGAGCUUAACAGUACACUGUAUUCGAAAAUCGUUGUUUUCAAAAUAUCAAUAAUAUAUUCAGUAUAUAUAUAAGACUGUUUGAAACAAGAUUUAUCAUUAAGUUAGAUUCACAAAAUAAAGCAGAUUUUAAAGAUGACCCAUGCAUUUACAAUGCAUAUAAUGGUUUCGAACGGUAACUCAAAUUAGUUAUUUAGAUUUUAAAUGCUAUUACAUGCAUGGUUAUGGUUCUGCUCACGUUUGGAUAAACCAAUUUAUACUGGAUGACAUAUUUAACUUUGUAGUGGACACAAAUGUACAAGAUUACACCAUAAGAAACAAAAUGAUUGUUAUGCCCUAAUGACCAGCGAAGAUAAAGCAGUAAUAUUUUCUAGUGUUGGGCUGUCAUGUUUCUCAUAUAUGCUUCUUUUAUGCUAAAUACGCUUUUGGCCAUAACUCAGCUAAUCUCCAUUCAAUUUGAGACAAAUUACAAAAGUGGGUAAAUGUUCAUUAUGACUGUUAAACAUCACAAAGAUUUAAAAUUUACAUUUCUUGCCUACUUAGGGGGUCAUAAUUCUGCCAAUAUCCGAUUAAAAUUGCGUUAAUUCAUAAGUUGUUCCUCGAAUAAAGUUUCAUUUGGUAUCACACACGGAUUAAUUGGAAUUCGACUUGACUCAUUUCCUUAUUUUGAUGCCAAUCAUAUAAAGAUAUUUUAAAAUCUAGUACGUCCAUAGUGACACAAGUUAACAAGUGAUAUUGCAGUGCGGGGACAACUGUCAAACUUUUCUCAUUUUUAAAAGCAAACACAUCAGAGAAUGAAUAUAGAGUAAAGAGUUUUCAAAGAAAACAUCAUUGUUUUGUACAAAAUUUCAUAUUUGACCAUAACAGUUAGCGUUGUCAUAAUAGUUGUUUUGUCCCAGUAUGAUCCAAUCUGUUCAUUUAUAACAAAGUUAUAAAAACUAAUGAAAAUUUCAGAAAACUAAUCAAAGGCAAUGUAUGCCACUUUAAAGUCAAUGUUUAUUCAACGUACAAUGUAUUAGCUUUGCAAAAAGCAUUUGUUUAGUCCAAGUUUGAAAAAGUUCGUGAUAACGUAAUAUUGUUUUGUUCAACUUCAAUAUUUUUUUACGGUCAAUGUGUUAAUAAGAUCAAUAUCAUACUUAAAUUACUCAGCAUAUUUUUUUCAUUUCAAGUAUGAUAAAACAAAGUCGUCACAAUGUCAGCAAAGUUCAAUUAACUGACAUUGACGGUAAAGACUUUUUAAAGAUAUAUGUUAACCUUAAAAAAAUUCACCAUGUCGAUUUGUCAUCAAUGUUGUUAUGUCAAAGUAUGGUAAGAAAAUAGUCAAAGUCGUAAAUGAAUAACGAAGUUAUAAUAAUUAAAACUAAAUGAAAGAGCUUGAACAUAAUG